AUGGGCUACCAGUAUCUCACGGUUGAGCGCCAAGGCGACGUCUUCAUAAUCACGUUAAGAAAACCUCCUGAGAACCGCCUCAAUGUUCCGUGCUGUCAAGAACUUAUCAGAGCAUACCACUCGAUUCAGAAGGAGCUAGGCCAGGAUGCUGAAGGGGCGGUGGUACUGACGGGCAGUGACGCCAAAUUCUUCACCACGGGACUUGACUUGGACGAACGAGAAGGCAACAUGUUUGCGUCAAGCGACGGCUUUUAUCCCCUUCUGGCCACGAUACUCGACUUUCCAUUUCCGACAGUAGCGUGCAUAACAGGUCACGUUAUGGGCGGUGCUUGCCUUCUGACUCUUGCUCAUGACUACCGAGUGAUGAACUCACAGCGCGGGUUUUGGCAAAUGCCUCCUGUGAAUGCUGGUCUGCACCAUGACGGCAUGGGUUCACUGAUUCGGCUGAAACUCGCACCUAAGGUUGCGAGAAAGGUGUUGCUGGAGGCACACAGGUAUACUGGAAAGGAAGCAUUUGAGGAUGGGAUUGUGGAUGUGAUUGCUCCGCCAGAUAAGAUGCUUGACGAGGCGAUCAAGAUCGCCGAGAAAUGGAAAGUCAAGGCGAAAAUGGGGGUUUAUGGGCUCCUGAGGAACGAACUUUGGGGUCAAGCUCAUUCUGCUUAUCAAACAGUGAGCUAUGUCCAUUCCAGGCAAACAUCUAGAGAGCCAAAAGUAAAGUUGUAG